UUUUCACAGUCUCCAGAAUACUGACCUGUUGGUGAAUCUCCAGAGGUGGACACUAUCCCCUGGAGUCAGUCACCCCGCCCUGUAGUUAGUGCCCUGGAAAAAUUGCACACAUUCAUGGAAGCAUUUAAUGAAAGAGCUCCACGUCUCAUCGGGCACGCCUUGUCAAACACUUUUAAUGAGAUUCUUUCAUGUUGCUACCUGCCUGGUACAGGAAUGAACUUUCAUGCCGAUGAUGAGAAAGGUGUCGGUCCCCUAGUCGCAAGCUUGAGUCUGGGAUCCGCAGCGAUUAUGUCAUUUAAGCAAAAGCCAGCAAAAACCAAGACGGAGAAAUUGUCAGAUCAGACAUCAUUUGACCAGCCCCAUGACGGCAACAUACCAGAAGCAAAAACAAUGUCACCAAGGACGGCCAUGAAACUUUUGAUCAAACACGGCGACAUUGUCCUUCAAGUCGGUCCAGGGCUACAGAGAGAUUGGCUUCAUGCGGUCGAGACCGAUGGAUUUAGAAUCGCGGCAACAGCUCGCAAUAUACGCCCCGAAGUCAUGAAACCUUGGUAGCAGUCGCUUUCUUUGGCCCUGCGACGAGUCAACCCAUGAAGAUGAAUCAAUCCAAAAUGCUUCCAUAUCCAUGAAAAUAUUUUCAUUAUCCUGAAUUGUUUGGUAUGAAUACUUUGCAAUAUAUAAUUUUUUAUUUUUGACAAUUUU